AUGAAUGAUGGUAAAGAGCAAAGCGCACUUGAUAUGUGCAAGAACCACACAUCCCGAUCGGAAAAAGAUUUUUAUAGGAUCUGCCCUUCAAAACUAAGUAAGCGUGAAUUAGAAGAUUUAUAUUUCGCUCUUGUGGAUAAUAAUGUAGAUCUAAAGAAAACAGUGAAUGGUCAACGAGAACAGCUAAAGAUUUUGUCAACGAAGUUGCAAAGGUUAACAGCUCAGAGGCCUCUGGUUCGGGAUUCAAAAGAGUGCUGUUGUAACUGUAAAGCUGCUGUGAAUGAGCAGAAAGACACUAUAGCAGAUAUGAAGAAGACAAAUGAACGCUUAAGUGAUAGGAUUCGCUUGCUCAACAUGAGGCUAUGUUCAACAAAACAGUUCCUUAAGAAAGGCCCAACAGGAGCAAGAUGCCCGAAAUGCAAUAUGUCUUCCACUUCGGUUAAGAAUGCAUCCACUAGCGCGCUUAAUCUGAAAGCAAAUGAUGAUAAUGUCAGAUCUUCCACAGCUUCCUGCCAAUAUGAUAACAAUGAUUUCGCCCAACCGUCUUCCCCAACCCACGAAAUCCCAUCAACUACAGAACAAUCAGAUCAGACAGAAGGUCGCUGUGAUCAGAAUAAAUGUCGAACUCUCAUGGGAGAGAUGAAACAAAAGAUAGCUGAUCUCCAGCAGGAACUAUCGACGACCCACGAUGACUACUCGACGCGAAUGAAACGAUUGGAAGAAGCAAUGAAACAGCUGCACUCUGAAAACGUUCGAGUUAGAAGUGAGUCGACAUCGAGUGGGCACAGGAUCGAGCAGCAAAGGGGGGAAAUAACGGACCUCUUGCAAAGACUGCGGAUCUGUGAGGCUCAGUGUGAACAAUUAGCAGUACAAUUGCGUUUGGAGAAAAGUCGCGGCGCAGAACUAGAGAUGCGAGCGAAGGCCGCUGAAAUGUCCAGUGAUAUUGCUAAUGCUAUCGAAAAACAUCUAAAUAAUUUGAACAUGAAACGGGAGGAGCAAGAGAAACCAAUGGCCGUCCCAGAUUCGAAUAUGACUCUAUCAAACGCCGACGAAUCUUCAAUGUACCACUGCCAGUUCCAACUGAUCGUCCCGAACAACUCUGCAGCAUCCCAAUCAGACAAAGUGCAAGAUAUCAGCGCUGAGAAGAUUAACAGGAUGUCUGAUGAUUCCGGUUACACAGACACUCAUAGAAGUCAGGAUUCUACAGAGGAGUCUCCGAAAAAGAGCGCCAUAAUGCAUCAGAUAGCUGAUCUUCAAGCGCAGUUAAAUAGUCUUAAGCAAACAAUUGGUGAUAAUGGCAGAGUCCCUCGGCAGUCCGCCGAUAAUGAACUAAUUAAAAAAUCACAAAUUAAAAGAAAAUCCAUAUGCGAAAAGAUGCCAAUCGAAAGCAGAUACAAUGAAUCAUUGGAAUGCCAAUCACCAUCACCGAGAGAUGAUGACUAUCUUAUAAGAACGAAGCGUCUAAAUUCAUCAAGAAGCACCCACGAGUGGUGUACAGAAUUUGAAAAAAGUGAUGCAGAAUCGACUAUAGAUGAAAAUCGACUAUCAAUAGCCAAUAGUAUUAAAGAUAAAUCAAGACGAUGUUCCAGAUACAUAGAGAAUAGAUCGGAUAUAGAAUAUCCAACGAGUACACAGAACAGUGAUAUCUUCAAUGAUCAGAUCAAAGAUAAUGAACAGACAGAUUCGAAAGAAGUAGAAGACGUUUCUACAAGUCGUAAGAAUUCAAAUGAACAGGAGGAAACUGCUAAAGUAAAGACAGUUGGAAGUUCGAGCGAUGAUUUUAAUUUCACUAAAGAAACCAUAAAGCGAGUUAGCGGGAUGUUAAUAUCUGAAACGGGGCAUGAGAAGAGUGACUCCACAAUGGACAUAAAAGUGAAUGAGAGUUUCAGCAAACCAGUCGAUAGCUCCUUUGCAAAUUUAACGGACAGUCUGACGAAAAUGUUAAAGAAAGAAACAAGCAAGCCUUUGGCAAAUCAUGUUGGCACGAACGUCGAAGAAAAUAAAUAUGUGUCGACUGGCGUUGAUCCUAUUGCUGAAUACAAUGAACCCGCUAAAAAUGGCCUUAAAGAUACAGGUGUAGGUACUGAUGACUUAAACCAACAAACUGCUGUUAAUCAAAAUAGUUUAGAUAUAUGCGAGGAAUCAGUCCGAAUCUGCACUUGCCCCACAUCGUCCCGCCGCGGGGUCGCGAUGUUCCGCUCGUGCAGCGGCACCCUCCGGUUCACCACCACCGCGUCCAGCAGCAAGUUCCGGAGGUGCAGCUGUGGUGAUAAUAAGAUCACGUACGGUUCUGGUAUUGAAAUUGACAGGGAAGAAGCCCGUCCCUGCGUGUACGACCCGAGCAAGCGUAGGACGUCCACACCGAGCCGCGGCACUUACGUGGUGGCUGGUUCGGCGACACUACAAGCUCUGUCACCCGGCACGCCCUACAGGGAAGAAGCCCGUCCCUGCGUGUACGACCCGAGCAAGCGUAGGACGUCCACACCGAGCCGCGGCACUUACGUGGUGGCUGGUUCGGCGACACUACAAGCUCUGUCACCCGGCACGCCCUGUGAUGUGUCGUCACUCACUGAUAUACCUUCUGAGAGGGAAGUAACAAGCCCGAACAACCUGUCCCCCGGCGAGGAUAAAGGCACGUGCACACAGAGCGACUUGACGCCGCGUUCCACCACCGACUACGGGUCUUUGAGUGAAGGCGAACUGCCUGUACAGGAACGUAGACAAUCAAUUGGAGAAACGCAAUCGCCCGAUGACAAUAUCUCCAAUGUCAGACGACAUACAUCGACUUCAGAGAAAAUGGAGGAGGCGUUGCGUGCUAUAAGCGACGAGUUGUCCCGCUGUCGACAUCUCUUGCAGGCACACACUUCGCUUGAGGUACCAUAGUGUUAGUGUGUUAGUGUAGAUGGCUGCAUUUUUUUUUGCUGCUGCUGGCAGAUAGUGUUUUUCAGAUUGUGAUUUUUUCGAAUGUUGGUAGUUAGUGCUGGUUAAUAGUGUCGUCUAAUGGAUACUGCCAACAUCCAGAAAAUGUAAUGGGAUGAAUAAUAUAAGGAAUAAAUCGCGUCGUUUAUCUACCAAUGUCUUAGUGUGGGGAGAAAUAACGUUUGUAAUUAUAUUUUAUAUUAAUUUAGAAGUAGACAAAAGAGAAGAAGAAUGUAGUAUACUUUAUUUAUUUAAGUAAAUUACCUUAAAAAUUUGUCUCAACCUUAUGUAAUUUUUUAAACAGUGUUUUAUUAUAAUACCUUUUGUCAAGCGCAAUAGUUAAAAAUAUAAUUUUGGUCUCUAUUUUAUAGCCUGAAAUGACUUAAAUCUCAAUAUCAAUGGCAAUUUAUUAUUUUUGUGUUAUUAUUAGAUAAGUUAAUAAACCGGAGGCCUAUUUCCUUUUCU